UAGGUUAUGGAAGGGGCUCUUUCAAGCAACAAUAAAUAAUAAAAUAAAUAGCCAUCUAGCCAUAGGCCUACUAAGUUGAUUGUUGCUUCAAAAAUGUUAAAAUGAAAUGUUGAGUAAGAGUUACUAAUAAAAAAUGAGUGAAGUUAAGAUUCCAUAACGAAUAUAAAAUUUAGUGUCGUCGUCAUCCAAGAUGAAGUGUGUCGUUCCCAGUCAAAACGUUAAAAUUUUGGCGAAGGCGUUUCAUUCAUUGGGAAAAAUUGGAGAUGACUUAUUUAUCGAACCUCACCCAGAUCAUAUUGCAUUCAGGACUGUUAACAUGGCAGAAUCUGCUUAUGCCUACUUCAUAUUUACUAAGUUAUUUUUUUCAUCGUUUCUAUUUGCUGAGGAAGAUAAUGAAGAUGGGCUGAGAUGUAAAAUUGCAAUGAAGUCCUUGCUUGCCAUCUUCAAAUUUCCUCAUGGCGAUCGAUUGAUAGAAUGGUGCCAACUGAGAUUAGAUACUAAUGACACCAAAGUGAUAUUUCAAAUGAGAUAUUCGUAUGGAUGUACAAAAACUUACUUCCUUCCCAUAAUGGACAAUGAAACUUUGCAGGCAAACUAUUCCAAAGACGAUUGCCACAAUCGGUUGUCUACAUCUCCUAAACUUCUUUCAACGGCUGUGAAAAACUUUCGCUACAGUGAAAACGAAGUUACUCUAUGUUUGAUGUCGAGAAAACUAAUUAUGAGGAAUCAUCUUGAUAACAUUUUAGAUUCCAAAAAAGCAGUCAGGACGGAAAUCAGUCUGUAUGCUGACGAAUUUGAGUCGUAUAGCACCCAGGCUGAGACCUCGAUAACUUUCUGUCUUCAGGAGUUAAAGGCGGUUCUCUUCUUUGCUGAGUUCACAGCGUUACCAGUCCAGUUUUACAUCAACCAGGCUGGAAAACCGGUGGUGUUUGUGGUGAAAAACGAGUCCCUGUACGAGGCUAACUACGUUGUGUCAACACUGAGUGAGUCUGGGACAUCACAACAGCUGUCUCAAAUGUCUGACAGUUCUGCCACUACAAGCACACGAGGUCCUGCCAAUCCGAAGAAGAGGCCUUUGGAAGAGCGGAACAAUGUCUCUCAACCCAAACGAGUUCCAUCGCCGCACUGCACGGCUCCUCUAUCUGUCGGGAAUUUUUCGCAGAUAUCAGGAGUAGCUGGUAUGAGUCACAGUGUUCUCAGUGCAGAUCAUUCACAGUUAUCAGUCUCGGAAAGUAACAUUACGCAACCUGUGGUCAGGUCUGUGUUUCCUAGAUGUUUUGAAACAACUUUUCAUAGACAGUCGUUACCGGGCUACAACAAUGUUUUGGUGUAUGACUCUGAUGGAAUUGAAGAUUCGGACUGAAUAAGUAACCAAUCUUAAAAGACUAACUGAAUCUUAGUGUAAAUUGGAGUUGUCAGGGUUGUUCCUGAAGUAUAAAAAACUUUUUUAAAGACAGUGGUUACCAGACUACAUUAACGUUUUGGUUUAUGAUUAAGAGAAUGGAGGAUUCGGACUGAUUUGGUUAUUCACACAACCAUGUUCUUAGAUAUAGUAGCAGUCAGACUUUUCCAAUCUAUUUUGGAAAACGAAAUGGAAGGUUCAAGCUUAUAGAUUUCUUAUAUUUACUGAGUAUAUAGUAGCAGUCGACCACAUAGGUCAGUUCCACAUUCCUAUGCGUUUUGAAACAGUUUUCAAAGGUAGGUUACAAUAUGGUUUCGGUUCAUGACUUCAAUGGAUUGUAAGAUUUGGACUAAAUGAGUUAAUCAUAUUUACCAUGUAUGUAGUAGUAGUCAAAAUUAGUCAAACAUGUUGAACUUUUUACAUUUGUGACAUUUGUACUUAUUGAGUCUUUAUAGAAGUGUUGUUGUACAGUAUAUGUAUAUUUAUUUUUUAUAUGUUUCUCGUAGCGAUAAAAAUAAAUACACUGGACAAUCCAACAUUUGAGUAUGAAACUUGUCA